UCAGCGAGAAUUUGAGAUACAAUAGCAACGACGGUAGUGUGGAAGAGAAGGAUAGAAAGAGAAACAAUUGGUAUGGGAAAGCUUUGAAAUCCAAUACGCGACAUUCGAUUGUUCUGUACACCAAUAGACAACAAAUUUGUCACCGGUCGCAGUAGCAUAAUUGGUAACGCGGAUCAGUACCGUUGAUCAGUUGUGGGUUCAAAUCCCACCUGCACCAAGUGGAAUCUUUUUCGCCAUCUCUGAAACAUUAUUAGCAGUUGUUGUAAUACUUUAAUAUCGUUGCUUUUAAACAAACAUUAUUAUUUUAAUAAUUAUUUUAUGUAUUCAUAAUUCGAUCACAUACAAAAUCUGCCAUGUCCUCAGAACAAAAUAAAUGCAAUUUUAAGCAGGUAAUAUACUAAAACUUUUAUUCUCAAGACAAAAUUUUAAGAUAUAUUUUAGUUUUACCUAUACCUAUCAAUUUGAAAUUUUGUCAUAAAUUUAUUUGCUUUAGGUAUAACAUUGAAAAACAUGUUGAACGGUAGAAGUUAAUGAUGAGGUAGACAUUUUUUGGUUGAUAUUUCAGUAUAUAAGGUCCUUCUACAACCAGGAUCAUCAUCAACCUACAGCUAUCUUCAUCUCGUGAACAAUCUACACCGCCGAGACCCAAUUUCACCGAAAUGGCCCGUACCAAGCAGACCGCUCGCAAGUCCACCGGAGGAAAGGCCCCGCGGAAGCAGUUGGCCACCAAGGCCGCCCGUAAGAGUGCCCCCUCGACGGGUGGCGUCAAGAAGCCCCACCGUUACCGGCCCGGAACGGUCGCUCUCCGUGAGAUCCGUCGCUACCAGAAGUCGACCGAGUUGCUGAUCCGCAAGUUGCCGUUCCAGCGGUUGGUUCGUGAGAUUGCGCAGGACUUCAAGACGGAUUUGCGCUUCCAAAGUGCGGCGGUGGCCGCCUUGCAGGAAGCUAGUGAGGCUUAUCUGGUGGGGCUGUUUGAGGACACUAAUUUGUGUGCGAUCCACGCGAAGCGUGUGACGAUCAUGCCCAAGGAUAUCCAGCUGGCGAGACGGAUUCGUGGAGAGCGAGCUUAAGAUGUGAUUAGAGUUCUAAAUUUGAUAAUAUUUCAAUAAAAUGAUUUCAAAUAAUUUCAAAUCGAGUUAUUCAUCGGCCUUCUAACCACUUUGUUUUCAUCCAGCUCAUUGCAAACCAGUUUUCUGUUACACAUCAGCGGUUUUGUCCUCUUUCUGGGUCAUGCAUUGCACAUGAGUCAACCAGACUUCUGGAUAGAAUUACCGAUGAUGCCAUGCCAUGCAGGUUGACUGUAAGGCUUCUCAGUUUCACUUUGUCUAUAGAGUUGGAAGUAACAAUCUACCUUAUCUGCACUCUUUGUUGGUCGAACCAUAAAUCCGUUCUGUCAUAAUCUCUGCCAGACUGAUAAUCCAAUCCGUUCUUAACGAGUCUAGUGUUGUUAAACUCGAACAGCUGAGCAGAUCGUGGACUUUGGACCAUUUCUCUAUCUCUCAACAGAGUUGAUUUAGGUCAACAUAGACUAUACGUCUGUUACUUUCCCAAACAUGGAAUCAACCCUCUUUCAGCAUUCUAGUUCUGAACAGGUUGAUAAGACACACAAGUCAGCGCGAAGUAACGAUCCAGCAAAUUGAUGACAGGCCAGUAGGUACUUUGCACUUUGGACCGUCUUCCCCUGCGGCUCUCUGGUGCACGACUCCAACUGCUGAUUCGUCUUAUUGUAAACCGUACAAGCGCGGGUUGAUGUUUAUUAAAUGCAAACGUUCAUAGACUCCCACUACCAUGUAUUGUAGAAGUGACUGAAGUAAAUGUUUCGAAGGGAACAGCUGAUUUACAUGGUUGAGGAUUGUGAAACUAUUUUGACCUUUUGCUGGAGAAUUUAUGACAAAGAAAACCUUAAAAUUGUCCACAAUUAAAAUAUUAUUACAAGCAAUUCCAAAAUACCCCCCUCUCCCCUAGCCAAAGUAAGGUGGUACCUGUUGGUGGAGGAGACACGUGUGCGACAUACCGUUCUGAUGCCGCGCGCGGUUCUGAACUUGAUUCUGUCACGCGAAAUGUGUGUCUUCGCGGGGGCUGUGAUGGGGAGGCUAAGAUAAUUAUAAAUCAUUUAACCUCCCUCCCCAGCCGAGGCAUGCGAAUGUCAAUUGAAGUUUAUCACCGCGAGUCAACAAUGUGCAAAGUGUGGUCGGGGGCAGAUGGUACAGGUUUCAGA